GUGGCACCUGUGUGGUUAACCCCACGGACCUGUUCUGCUCUGUUCCUGGUCGCUUAUCCCUACUCAGCUCCACCUCGAAGUACAAAGUCACCAUUGCGGAGGUGAAAAGGCGGCUUUCACCACCAGAAUGCCUCAAUGCUUCCCUCUUAGGAGGUAUUUUGAGAAGAGCAAAAUCCAAGAAUGGAGGACGCUGCUUGCGAGAAAAAUUAGACAGACUGGGAUUGAAUUUGCCUGCAGGAAGAAGAAAAGCAGCAAAUGUCACACUCUUGACUUCCUUGGUAGAAGGGGAAGCAUUACAUUUGGCCAGAGAUUUCGGCUACACCUGUGAAACAGAGUUCCCUGCCAAGGCGGUAGGAGAGCACAUUGCCAGACAGCACAUGGAACAGAAAGAGCAGACAGCGCGGAAAAAGAUGAUCCUAGCGACAAAACAAAUAUGUAAAGAAUUCCAAGACCUUCUAAGUCAAGACAGAUCACCCCUCGGAUCCUCCAGACCAACUCCAAUAUUAGACCUUGAUAUCCAGAGACAUUUAACACAUUUCAG